UUCGCGGGAGAGACCCAGAGUGCACCGCACCGCUCGCCAGCCAAGAUGGAGGAUUUAAUGGUGGAGGUGCGCGGCUCGAAUGGGGCCUUUUACAAGGCUAUUGUGAAGGAUGUGCAUGAUGAAUCGUUGACUGUUGCUUUUGAGAACAACUGGCAACCUGAGCGACAAAUUCCUUUCCAUGAUGUCCGAUUUCCACCACCAGCAGGAUAUAAUAAAGAUAUUAAUGAAGGUGAUGAUGUCGAGGUUUAUUCUCGAGCAAAUGAAAAAGAACCUUGUGGCUGGUGGUUGGCAAAAGUUAGAAUGAUGAAGGGUGAAUUUUAUGUUAUAGAGUACGCUGUCUGCGAUGCUACUUUCAAUGAAAUAGUUACAGUGGAACGACUACGGCCCAUCAAUCCAAAUAAACCUGCAACAAAAAACACAUUUCAUAAAAUAAAACUUGAUGUCCCAGAUGACCUGCGGCGUUCGUGUACCAAUGAAGCUUCACAUAAGGAUUUUAAAAAAGCUAUUGGAGCUUAUUGUGUAUAUUUCGAUUCAGAAUCCAAUCAAUUAGUAGUUUUGUCCACCAAUGAAAUGACAGCGAAGCGAGCAAGUAUGCUCAGUGACAUGCACUUCAGAAGCAUUCGGACAAAGCUAACUUUGAUGUUGAGGAAUGAAGAAGCCAGCAAACAACUAGAGAGCUCUCGGCAGCUUGCAUCACGUUUCCACGAGCAGUUUAUUGUUCGCGAAGAUCUCAUGGGUCUUGCCAUCGGAACUCACGGUGCCAACAUCCAGCAAGCGAGGAAAGUGUCAGGUGUUACUGCAAUUGAACUGGAUGAAGAGACCUGCACUUUCCACAUCUACGGUGAGGACCAGGAGGCAGUCAAGCAAGCCAGGAAUUACCUUGAAUUUACAGAAGACUCUGUUCAAGUACCAAGGAAUUUAGUAGGAAAAGUGAUAGGAAAAAAUGGGAAACUCAUACAAGAAAUUGUGGACAAAUCUGGAGUUGUCCGAGUGAGAAUUGAAGGUGAUGGAGAUAAAAAGAUCCCUCGGGAAGAGGGCAUGGUUCCUUUUGUGUUUGUUGGAACAAAGGAAAGCAUAAGCAAUGCACGUGUUCUGUUGGACUACCACCUGAACUACCUAAAGGAAGUUGACCAACUGCGCAUGGAAAGAUUACAAAUAGAUGAACAACUUCGACAGAUGGGUGCAGGUUCAAGACCCCCUGCAAGUCGGUCAGAUAAAGAAAGAGGUUAUGCGACUGAUGACAGCACAAGUUAUUUGCGUGGUGGCAGACCGUACAGUGGUCGAGGACGUGGCAGGCGAGGACCAGGCUACGCAUCAGGUAAUAAUUCUGAAGCGUCAAACACCUCUGAAACUGAAUCGGAGCACAGAGAUGAGCUGAGCGAUUGGUCACUGGCUCCAACAGAUGAAGAAAGGGAAAAUUAUUCACGCAGGAUUGACAGUCGCAGACGUGGUAAUACUGGCCGUGGGCGUGGUGGAGGGCGUGGCCGUGGAGGGAACAAAAAUUCAUCUGCAACUUCAGAUGAAAUCUUGAGAGGAGACAUCCGUAAACGUAAUUCUUCAAGAGACUCAAAGGCCAGGAUGGCAGAUGGAUCGUUGCAGAUUGGGAAAUCUCUAUAUGGGGAAUCUCAGAUCAGAAUUGACAGCAAUAAUGAAAGGAGUGUCGUGACAAAAACCUCACAUGGUCCAAAUGUCUUUGGUGAAAGCACUCGACUGCGCAUGGGCAAAGAACGUGCUCAAAAGAAAGAGAAGCCAGAGAGUCCAACAGAUAACCAGCAAGUGCUGGUCAAUGGAGUUUCUUAAAAUGCAAACGUGUAGAGUGAUGUUCUCAAUUUUGUGUUUUUUUUAUUAACCAUACAAACCAGAUGCUUACAUGUCAUUAGGAAAACCUUUUAGGCCAAAGACAUAAAACCCAUUGUGCAUAGUUGAUGCACAUUGUUCACUUCACCUCCUUUUGGUGGCCAGUGGAACAUUUGUGAUGUAACAAUUUUCAUUUCACUUAGAACUCUUUAAAAAAAAGUAUAUUGUAUGAUCUGUGCCUUCAAUAUAACUUGCCAGAAGGGGAUAACUUUACUAUAGUUGCAGAAAUCAGGGAAGUUAAAUGAUCAGAAGACAGUAAUGUAUUAUACAUGUAUGUAGAUAAAAGUGUGGUUAAAUAUCGGGAAACUUUACAGAAGAAUGCAUGCUUUUCAUGAUUUUCCUUCUAUAUGCAUCUAGCUGAACAGUAAAGGAUCAGAAAUCCUUGCACUGAAGUUUGUAUGGCAUUGUUUGAAUCUAGUGAGGAGAACACUUCCUUUACACCUCUGCAUUUGAUGCAUAAGGUGAGCACAGAAUGAAACAGUCCGUGUACUGUUUGAAAGGCAUAAAAUGUCCAAGAUUGUUGCCAAACUGAUGAUUUGUAGUUAUUUAUUUUUGGGUAUGUACAGUAUUUGGGGAGGAGAAUAGCUUUGUUUAUGUACAUGUCCACUAUGGGCUACUGUGUUAACUUAGUGUAGAUGAUUAACAAAGGUAGAUUGACCUUACAGUACAUGAAUCUGCAACAGGGGCAAUAUUUUUCUCUGUACAUAGUAGUGGAAACAAAUAAUUUGGUUUUAUGUUGAUAUUGUUCGGUUGAAGUGCAAUAUAUUUUGUAUGCAAGCAGUUUCAAUUAAUAAAGUUUGAUCUUCCUCUGCUGACUGUA